ACAUUUCUCUCCUCACAUAUUCUCAUCACUUCCCCUCUUUGUGAAUCUCUCUCUCUCUCUCUCUCUCUCUCUAUCUGAGUCAAUAAUGGCAGCAAGAUCCAUCAUCAGUUUCAGCUCUCUGGCCCUAACCUUAACCUGCAUUGCCUUAUUCUCAUAUUUACCUACAACCUUGGCUGCGCAAUACAAUGUCGUGUCUUUGGGGGCCAAACCCGAUGGGAAGACAGACUCGAGCAAGGCCUUCCUAAGCGCAUGGGCCUCUGCCUGCUCCUCCUCAGGCGCCGCCACUGUCCGUGUUCCGAAGGGCACAUUCUAUGUCAAGAGUGUGGCCUUCAAUGGGCCCUGCAAGAGCAGCUCCAUUACCUUCAAGAUCGACGGGACCCUUCUGGCCCCUUCCAACUACAAGGUGAUCGGAAAUACUGCUAAUUGGAUCAUCUUUCGCCAUGUUGACCGACUGAACGUGUAUGGUGGGACACUCGAUGGGCGAGGCUCUGGUCUGUGGGCUUGCAAGAACUCCGGGAAGAGCUGCCCGGAUGGCGCCACGAAUCUUCAGUUCAGCAAUUCGAAGAAUAUUUUUGUCAGCGGACUAAAAUCUGUGGACAGUCAGAUGUUUCACGUAGUUGUCUACGGGUGCCAAAACGUGAAAAUGCAGGGCGUGAGGGUCACAGCCCCGGGAACCAGCCCCAACACUGAUGGCAUUCAUGUAUCGCUAUCGACGGGUGUCACGAUCCUCAGCUCGAAGAUUGGAACUGGGGAUGACUGUGUCUCAAUUGGCCCUGGUGCUAAAAAUCUUUGGAUCGAGAAUGUUGCUUGCGGACCUGGACAUGGAAUCAGUAUUGGGAGCCUUGGAAAAGAAGCGCAAGAGGAUGGAGUGCAGAAUGUGACAGUUAAAACGGCUACAUUCACAGGCACACAGAACGGGGUGAGGAUUAAGUCGUGGGCAAGACCUAGCACUGGGUUCGCUCGCAACAUCCUUUUCCAGCACAUUGUCAUGACCAAUGUACAAAACCCAAUCAUCAUCGACCAAAACUACUGUCCCAACAACAAUGGUUGCCCAAAUAAGGAAUCCGGUAUCAAGAUCAGUGAUGUGACCUACCAAGACAUUCAUGGAACUUCUGCAACCAAGGUCGCCGUGAAAUUGGACUGUAGCUCAACGUACCCGUGCAAGCAGAUAAAGCUGGAGAAUGUGAAGCUCACUUACCGGAAUCAGGUGGCUCAAGCCUCCUGUGCCAACGCCAAAGGAACAACUGCCGGCUCCGUACAGCCCUCCAGCUGCCUGUAGGUUUCGCGUGACAUUGAAGUGCAUCAUGUAGUCGCGGGAGAUUGAUGCAGUACUAUAUAUCUCAGCAUCCUACUCGAGAUCACCAUAGAUGAUCCAGCUGGGAUGAACAUAUUACAGAAGGGGAAAGCUUAAUUAGUUGCAUGCAGAUAUUAUUAAUGGGUGUGCUUGGAGCCUGUGGCGUUCCCUAGCCUUUCUGGCUGGAUAAUAUGUUGCCUGGCCUUGCACAAAUAUUCACCCAUCAGCUAAUUAGUUUUUUUUUUUUUAAUGCUUGAUGUAUUAUCUUCAGUUAUAAGAGACAAUAGAAAGGGUUUUUUUAUGUAUACUCGUACA